CAGUCUUGUUCUCAUACAAACAAAACACUCGACAUAAACAUGACAUACAGCAACAGGAACAACUAAUUAAAAACAAUAUACGAGUAAAAAUACUUUAAUUUGUAAAAUUAAUAAUUGAUAGAAAAUGCAGACAGUAAAAGGCGGUACUACCUUGAUUUUUAUAUUACUGUUUGUGAGCUUUUAUUCUUUUUCUCAUGCUCUAAACUGCAUCAAAUGUACCAAUGCAGAGUCCAUUUCUGAGUGUCGAUCUGAACGCGAGGCUGUGUGUACACCACCAUACGAGCAAUGUUACACAGAAGUGGUAAUCACGAGUCUCCUAACAAGACGCUAUAAUGCAGGCUGUCGUUCAAAUCGGAUAUGUACCCUUAUAGCAAAGAUAAUGGGGAAAAGGAACUCUUUGGACCGACGUGAUUCUUCUAUUAGCUGUUCGUCAUGUUGUUCACAAAAUAACGGAGGAGGUAUACCCUGCAACGCAGAUCUUUGUGGAUUAAGUUCAACGGAAAACUGAUCAAAUACCAAUAAUUUUGCAAUGAACAACUAUUCAAGUUUUAAGAAUUACAAAUUUAAAUGUUACAUAUGUAUCGCUUGCUUGUUGUGAGUGGCGGUCGUGUUAAUUAUAUAACACUCCAGUC